UUUUUUUGCGGGAACCCAUCAUGCCCUUGCGAUGUAGCGAGGAGAAACCCAAGGAUGAAACUGCUUUGGAGAGCUAAAAUGAGCUCGAUUCAGGACUGGGGUGAAGAGGUAGAGGAAGGAGCUGUUUACCAUGUCACCUUGAAAAGGGUGCAGAUUCAACAGGCUGCCAAUAAAGGAGCGAGAUGGCUAGGGGUUGAAGGGGACCAACUGCCCCCAGGGCAUACUGUCAGCCAGUACGAGACAUGUAAGAUCCGGACAAUAAAAGCUGGUACCCUAGAGAAGCUUGUGGAGAACUUGCUGACAGCUUUUGGGGACAAUGACUUUACCUACAUCAGCAUUUUUCUGUCGACCUACAGGGGAUUUGCCUCUACAAAAGAGGUACUGGAACUUCUCCUUGACAGAUAUGGAAACCUGGAAACCUCAAACUGUGAAGAAGAUGGGAGUCAGAACUCUGCCGAGACCAAAACAGUACUCAGGAAUGCAAUAGCUUCCAUCCUAAGAGCAUGGCUAGACCAGUGCUCUGAAGACUUCCAGGAGCCACCCCAUUACCUUUGUUUGCGGAAACUUUUGGAUUAUCUGACGCGGAUCAUGCCAGGGUCAGACCCAGAGAGAAGGGCACAGCACCUGUUGGAGCAGUUUCAGAAACAAGAACUAGUGAACGACACUGGGAUCCUUGACGCGCUUGCCCUUGAGGAAGAAAUGGAAAUUGGUGGAUCAGAAGAGUUCUCAGUUUUCCCAGAGGACCUUGUGGCAGAACAGCUAACCUAUGUGGAUGCCAAACUGUUUAAGAGAGUGGUACCGCAUCACUGUUUGGGCUGCAUCUGGUCUCGGAGAGAUAAGAAAGAAAACAAGCACUUGGCCCCCACCAUCAGAGCCACCAUCGCGCAGUUCAAUGCUGUGACCAAAUGUGUUGUUAAUACCAUCCUGAAUGGCAAGGAACUGAAAACGCAGCAGCGAGCCAAGAUCAUAGAGAAGUGGAUCAAUAUUGCACAUGAAUGUAGGAUCCUGAAGAAUUUUUCCUCUUUGAGGGCCAUCGUUUCAGCUCUGCAGUCGAACUCCAUAUAUCGGUUAAAGAAGACAUGGGCAUCUGUCGCAAAGGACAGGAUGUUGAUGUUUGAAGAACUGUCAGAAAUUUUCUCGGACCACGACAACUAUUUGACAAGCCGAGAGCUGCUCAUGAAGGAAGGAACUUCUAAAUUUGCAAAUCUGGACAGCAGUGUGAAAGAGAACCAGAAGAGAACUCAGAGGCGGCUUCAAUUGCAAAAAGAUAUGGGCGUAAUGCGGGGCACUGUUCCUUACCUUGGUACUUUUCUGACUGACUUGACGAUGCUCGAUACAGCUCUGCAGGACUACGUUGAGGGAGGGCUAAUAAACUUUGAGAAGAGAAGAAGGGAGUUUGAAGUAAUCGCUCAGAUUAAGCUCUUGCAAUCCUCCUGUAACAGCUAUUGCAUGACUUCAGACGGAAAAUUCAUCCAGUGGUUCAGGAGACAGCGGCAUUUAACAGAGGAGGAGAGCUAUGCCCUUUCUUGUGAGGUUGAAGCAGCUGUCGACACAACGACCACGUCGCCCAAACCUCGGAAGAGCAUGGUGAAGCGGUUGAGUCUGCUGUUUCUGGGAUCUGAUCUACUUGCCAACAGCACCCCUACCAAAGAGCAGCCCAAGUCUACUCCGAGCGGGAGCUCUGGCGAGAGCAUGGAUUCCGUCAGCGUGUCCUCCUGCGAGUCAAAUCACUCCGAGUCUGAGGACGUCUGCAUCACCCCCACUGACACCCCCGAUGAGCCUCAGAAGAAGCUCUCAGAGUCCUCCUCCUCUUGUUCCUCCCUCCAUUCCAUGGACACGUCUUCCUCAGGGGUGUCGUCCUUCACCAACCCUCUGUCAUCUCCGCCUUCACUGGCCAGCAACCCCAAAAUCCAUCAGCGCUCCAUCUCUGUCACCUCCAUUACCUCAACCAUUUUGCCUCCCGUUUACAACCAACAGAACGAAGACACCUGCAUCAUCCGCAUCAGCGUCGAAGACAACAAUGGGAACAUGUACAAGAGCAUCAUGUUGACCAGCCAAGACAAGACUCCGGCGGUCAUCCAGAGAGCGAUGUUGAAACAUAACCUGGAGUCCGAUCCUGUAGAGGAGUAUGAGCUUGUGCAGGUCAUCUCAGAGGACAAAGAAUUAGUCAUCCCAGACAGUGCAAAUGUCUUUUACGCCAUGAACAGCCAGGUGAACUUUGACUUCAUCUUACGGAAGAAAAACUCUCUUGAUGGGGAGGUGAAACUGAGAAGUCGGUCCAGCUUGACUCUUCCCAGGACCACCAAGAGGGGGUGCUGGAGCAACAGAAACAGCAAAAUCACCCUCUGAGAGUGGGCCAGCCGACACAAAAGAGAUGGGGGGUUUUUAAAGACACCGAUUAAGGCAUCUAGUAUUGCAAGGUCUCCGGAAAUGAAUGUGUCAGUAUUCAGCUUUGGGAAAUGCAAAGCCAGCGUUUGCUGUUCAGCAUAUGUAAAUUUAGAUGCGGACAAAAUGGGACGGAGCGGAGAAGAGACCUACAGCCACCCUUUUAAUUUUUUUCCUUUUUUUGCACAGUGUUCAAGAAUACAAGGCCACUUUUUUGGCUGGGAAGGAAAAGGAACUGUGCACCCGACCAGACAGCCCUUCCAAGUCACCUCUUCUUCAACUACUCUCAGUUCUCUCUUGUGCCAGUAUUAAUUCGGAGUACUCUGGAUUUAUUUUUUAUGAAUGGAAGAAAGCUGUCGCCAUUUAAGCACCAUCUGUUAUUUACAGGAGGAGAAGGUGCAUAAAACUGACAGUUGGCCAAAUCGCAGCAAUGAAUGGAUGGUGCAAAUGGGCUGCUGCUUCGGGAGAGGUAGCAGAGCUGCUGCUGAAAACAGGGAGGCCCCAUCAUUCUCACGUCACCCUGCCUCAGUCUCCGGAGACACAUCAGGCACUUCUGUCUCAUUGUAUUGGGCUGGGCUUUUCCCCCCAGCCAUGCGAUCAAAGCUGGAACAAGUGCAUUUCCCACCCAAAGAACAUGAAAGUAAAUACAGGGAUGCCCUUUUGCGUUGUUUGGUAGAGAACAAGUCAAAAUAAUGCAGACACUACUCCUUUUAAUGCCACUACAUUGUUCUCCUAAUGCUAUGCUAAUCUAUUUAUCAAAAAAAAAGAGUCAAAGUAUGUAUCUUUGAAGAGUGCAAUUUUACACCCCUUCAGGUGUGGAGCUGUUUACCUGUAUUCAGCCACAUUGGCAUUGUGGCAAAACAUGUAAUCUUUUUUUUUAAUAGCCUACAAAAAGCAAAACACAUACACACACAACUUAGUUGCCUGCAUCCUGAGAAAUACCACAGCACUUUACGAUGCGUGUGGAAUUCGUUAGGCUGAAAAGGAAAAGGAAAAUCUAUGGGAUCUUCCUUCUCCUAGAAUACGCCUCUCUAACUUAAAUGAGCUUCCUGACAUGGUACAGCCCUUAAAGGGUUACAGGAUUUAGCUUUUCUUCUAGAGCCUUGCCCUGGUCCACCAUGCUGCUGUUCUUGGGGGACUUUCUUUGACAGGCAUGCGAAUGACAGGGGAGGUGAGCGGUCUCUCUCCCUUCAGAGCACAAGCGAUAGCGGUGCAGAAUCACAGAAACGGUCGACCUAAAAGCCAUAAGGGAAACACUGGAUUGUGAGCAGAUCAGCUGCAACUGGUGAGGUAGUGCCGUGGACAAGAAGAGGCAGUCCGUGCCCAGCCGUAGGCACCCUUACGGGCAGGUGGCCCUCUGCCACUCCAGCUGCCGGGUGUCCCUUGCCGAUAAGCGUGUGUGGGCUCCCCUCUCUCCCGGGUCAGCUUUCAUCCAACGGCAGUGGUACCUUCCUCUUUUCUGACCCAUCACGCCACCUUCUCUGGCUGUAGCUGGAGCCAGUGUUCCCUCUAAGCUGAGUUAGGGUGAGCUUGCUCACAUUUUUUUAU